AUGGCCCGCAGCCUUGCCAGCACAGACGUGCCCAGGCCGGAGGAGCUGGAGUUGCGCAUCCUCCUCGGUGGCCUCGAGGCACGUUUGGAGAACUUCCUCGACCAACGGCUGAAUGAGAUGGUUGACCAGCAGGCGAAGCUGCAUGACCAACUUCUCGGCAAGCUGCACUUGGCCAGCUCGGCCAGGGGGCCGAAGAGGGUUGCCGACCGCAGCGAGUCUCAGAGUUCCCUCUGGCCCUACUCUGGCUCGGAACGCGGGCCAAGCCACCAGGGCCGCAAGAUCGUGGCGCCCAGCCUGGCCGAGCUGGAGUCGGCGAUGAUGCCGGACCUCGCGGGCAUCUGUCGCAUGCAGUCGCGCAGCGGAGAUAUUCCUUCUGCGCGGGGCUCCGCUUCCAUCUCUUCAGUGCUGCCCUGCGUUGCCAAGGUCGACCCCGCAAUGCUGCCUGGGUCGACGGGAGAGACCCAACACGACCCGCCUGGUCGGCGGUCGGUGGAACUGGAGGUGGACGACAUGGCAGAGGAGGCCCCAGACCAGGAGGGCAAGCGCAGCGUCGCUAACAAGCUGACACAUGCCACCGACAAAGGGGCCGACAUGCAGGACCUGCUUCGCAACUCGCAGGCCUUCAUUCUGGUGGACUGUCAGCCGAAUCGCUCUGCAAGCGAAGUCGAAGUCGGGCAGAAGGACGUCAAGCCGUACUUCACGAGUAUCAUUCUCAAGAUGCCCAAGGCGGCUUUCUUCCUGAUUGCCUUCCUGACCUUCUGUCAGGUGACCACCAAGAGCUCACUCUUGGCCACUGGUGUAAUGACGAGCAGCCGCGGUUUAAGCUUCAACAUCGCCUCCAGCGCAAUUUAUGGCCUCGUGUCCAUCUGCUGCGUCUGCCUGCUCAAGCGUGCUCUGAAGUCGGAGCAACUCAAGCUGUCUCUCGAACGGCUGCACGAAUUCGUCGCCGACUUCGAGGUUAACUGGCACGAGGUGUCGGGGAAGGAGUGGCGAAAGUUCGCCAUGGCGUGGCUGGCGUCUGUGCUGUGCUUCACGGUUUCGCAGGGGCUGGAGUGUGUGAGAACGGAGGACACCUCCGCGGAGGAGGUGCAGAGAGACGGCCUCAUGAAGGUCGUCAUGAUUUCGCUCAAAGGCUUGUCCGUCAUCAACUUCGCGAUUGCCAGCGCGAUUAUCAUGAUUGUGGCGUACAUCCAGUCACACCUCCUGAUUGGCUUGGACAAGAGUCUCGACUGCUGGUGCAGUGAGAUCUGGAACCACCAAAACUUUGCGCUGGGCGUGCAAAGUUGGAAUGCCAUGCAGGCGCUCCUGAAGUUCGUUGGCCGGGAGCUUCAAAACAGUUUCCUUGUGUUGCAGGUCUUUGGCUAUCUUGGCUUUUUGCUCUUCCUGGGUGGGGCGGUCGCGGUUGCCUUCAGGUCCGAGUUCUUCUUCUUCCCGAUGCUGGUCGAAGUUCUGGCCGUGCUGCCCUUGAUGAUCCUCUUCCUGGUGAAUCUCCGGGUCUUCUCUCAUGCCGCGGGCCUGACAGAGAAGUGCAGGGCGAUCCCAGCUUUUGUGAACCAGAUCAUGGCCGAGGAAGCCGUCGAGUUGAACCGACAGUACUUGGUCCAGUUCAUCAAGGACAGUUCGGCUGGCUUUUAUGUCAAGAAUGUGCAGCUGACACAGGAGAUGUUCGCCAAGCAAAUCUACAUCUGCGGAACGGUGCUGUCCGGCCUGUUGGGCCUGAUCUCGCGGGUGCUGUUCACCUGA